ACACGCAGGGAGGAAGCUGAUAAGUGAGAGAGGAACGCCCUAAACUGGGAUCAGAGGGGCCCUGUAGGCGUGCUGUCCCAAUAAGGCAACCGAGCAGACCACAGAAACUCCUGAAUCCACUUCCUAGUCCAUACUGGUGUCCACAAAGCACUCUGGGUGGAGAGACCACAGCCUAAAGAUCUCUCACCAUGGCUGGGCUGAAAACAGCCAGUGGGGAAUAUAUUGAUGAAUCCUGGGAGCUCAGCGUCUUCGUGGAUGACUUGGGACCCGAGGCUGAUCCGGUCACACUCCGGGUCACUGGCAACAUGCAUAUUGGAGGCAUCAUGCUGCAGAUUGUGGAUAAGUUAAAACUUCAGAGGGACUGGUCAGACCACGCCUUGUGGUGGGAGCAGAAGAAGCUUUGGCUGCUGAAGACAAACUGGAGCCUGGAUAAAUAUGGGAUUUUGGCCGAUGCCAAACUCCGGUACACUCCCCAGCACAAGCCAGUGCUUCUUUCCUUACCAAACCGCUGCAACGUCAAGAUCCGGGCCAAUUUUGCCCAGCCGGUCUUCCGCACAGUAGCUGACAUCUGCAAGGUACUCGCUAUUCGUCAUCCUGAAGAGCUAUCGUUGCUGCGUGCGCCAGAGGAGAAGGACAAGCGGAAGCAGAAGGAGAAAGAGAGAAGCACUGUAGAGACCUAUGACCUGACUGAGGUGCGCUUGCCGGCAAGUGCAGAACAGCAGCUGUUUCGCAGCAUGCCCGCUCACUUCUCGGACAGCCCCGACACCGAGGCUUGCUAUAAAAUGCUCUUGGUCAGUCAGACUGGACUGACCUCCGAUCAGAUCAUGCGAAUGCAUCGGCCAGGAUCCCUUACAGAGAAGACACAGAUCAACGGCAGGUGGCUGGACUCAUCGCGGACUUUGCUGCAGCAAGGAUUGAAAGAACACGACUGUUUAUGGCUGCGUUUCAAGUACUACAGCUUCUUUGACCUGGAGCCCAAGUAUGAUGCCGUGAGGAUCAACCAGCUGUACGAACAGGCACGUUGGGCGGUGCUAUUGGAGGAGACAGAUUGCACUGAGGAAGAAAUGGUGGUGUUUGCAGCUCUGCAGUAUCAUAUCAACGAACUGUCUUUGAACGCCAAUCCUGCGGAGCAGUCUGGCGACUCUGGCCUUGACGACCUGGACAAGGCCCUUGCCACCUUGGAGGUCAAACUGGAAGGUUCAUCAGCAACUCCCAGCUUUCUGGACAGUCUCACAGCUAUCCCAGAGUUGAAGGAUUACCUCCGAAUAUUUAGGCCCCGUAAGCUGACUCUGAAAGGUUACAAGCAGUAUUGGGUGAUCUUCAAAGAGACCUCCAUCUCCUACUACAAGAGCCCCAAGGAAGCUCUGGGGGAGCCUGUACAACAGCUCAGUCUUAAGGGCUGUGAGGUGGUGCCGGAUGUCAACAUCUCUGGCCAGAAAUUCUGUAUCAAGCUCUUGGUACCUUCACCCGACGGGAUGAGCGAAGUACACUUGCGCUGUGCAGAUGAGCAGCAGUAUGCCCGCUGGAUGGCUGGUUGCAGGUUGGCAGCAAAAGGGAAGACAAUGGCUGAUGCAUCCUACCAGGCAGAGGUGGAGAAUAUCCUGUCCUUCCUGAAGCUGCAGCGGACCAACCCGGAUGCGUCCCUUGCCCCGGAGGCGGAAGGUGCCCAGUGGCUCAUGUCACCUCGCUAUCAGAAGAAAUUUAAGCCUAAGCAGUUAACUCCUCGCAUCCUGGAGGCCUAUCAGAAUGUGGCUCAGCUGUCGCUCCCCGAUGCCAAGAUGAAGUUUAUCCAAGUUUGGCAGUCACUCCCUGAUUUUGGCAUCUCUUACUUCGCAGUCAGGUUCAAAGGCAGCCGGAAGGAUGAAAUCUUGGGCAUUGCCAACAACCGCUUGAUCCGUAUUGACCUGGCUGUUGGAGAUGUGGUGAAGACCUGGCGGUUCAGCAAUAUGCGCCAGUGGAAUGUCAACUGGGAUAUCCGCCAGGUGGCCAUAGAGUUUGAUGAGCAUAUCAAUGUGGCCUUCAGCUGCAUCUCUGCCGGCUGCAAGAUCGUCCACGAGUACAUUGGCGGGUAUAUCUUCCUCUCUACCCGCACAGCUGACAGGAGCCAGACGCUGGAUGAAGAACUCUUCCACAAGCUGACAGGGGGCCACGAAGCCCUCUGAUCUUUUUCCACAACGAAGGCCUCCCUCUCCCCUAGAAUCCCAUGCCACACGGGCCGGCCUCCUUGUGGAGCUCUCUGGCCAAUACCAGUGGGCAGAGGCUCCAACUGGAGUCUGCUGUGCCCCAUAAGUGCGUGGAGGAGCUAAGAAAACUUUUUUGCUGGGGAGAGAGGGGGAAAUACUUGCUAGGCAAGAGAAGUCUUUCCCAAUGCAGCCAAAAGGAGGAGUGGAAUCUGCAGGGAUGGUGUUUUAAGGGAGUGUAGGGGUAGCAAGCGAAGUGCUUGCAGUAGGGGAGGGACAGAUCUCUUUCCAUACCAUUUUUUCCCCUUAGGGAAAAGAAAAAAAUUGCAAUUUUCUUCCUGUGUGGAGGAGAGGGGUUUAACCAUUCCUUUCCUACAAAACCCUGGACCCAGUCCUAGCAUCCCUAGUCCAGUACCUGCCCUUUUGCCCCAUUUCAGGAUGACUGCUACCUGCAAAAACCUCCUAGUUCUUCAGCUGGCUUUUGAGGCUCGAGGUCAAGUCAGCAACGGGUGGGGCGGGGAGACAUUUAACGAUAUUUUGAUGCAACAGAAUUUUAUUUUUUGCUGGGGGACAGUGUUUAUGUUUGCUUUCUUUGUUUUUGUGUACCACGCCAAGGAGCUUUAAAUAAGAUUUUUUUAAAAUCCUUGGAAACGCUUUUUGUUGCCUUUCCCCCACUUUUUCCACAGUGAACUAUUUUGUCUCUGUGGAAUAACAUCUCAUGUCAUAGAAUCAUAGAACUGUAGAGUUGGAAGGGGCCUAUAAGGCCAUCGAGUCCAACCCCAAUGUCACUGUUGAUAUGAAAAACUCUCUCCCCCUCUAGGUACUCUACCCUCAAUUUUCUCCUUUUUCUGUUUUGUUUGUGGUUCUGUUUCUCAUUUUCCAGGUGGAUGAUAAGAAUAAUUCCCUAUUUCUGGUGUUUAGGUAUGAGUGUGGAUGCUUAUUUUGCCAAAAUAGCACCAUUCAAACAGAAGGAUCAGCAGGCUGAGGAGAAACCCGAGAUUUAAGUGCCAAAAAACACAGCCAAAUGAGGUCUGAGCAUGCUUAGCGAGCACUAAGGUUGCGAGAAUUCUGAUAAAAAUGGAAAGGAAGCAGAAAAUGCUGCAGUUUGCAUGUUUGGCUAUGGUUAUGAAUGGAAAUCAGUCAAGCAAAUACGACUGAUAUUUUUUCACAUUGUUGCUGGGUUUUUUAAGCCUGCAAACAAUACCUAAUUAAUGCCUUUUUUAUAUUGCUUUUUCUUGAAAUUAAGUAAGCUAUGUUAAGUUAAAGAGUGGAAGCCAAACUAAAGUGGAAUGAAGCAGUGCUGAUUGUGAUGAAUGCAGGUUGGAGUGGAAGUCACUGCCUCCUUACAUCCCUAGCGAUUGCAGACUGACAGGUUGUGUUGGGGGAGCAGAUAUGUGGGUAGGGUAACUGAAUGGAGUAUCCUGGAACAGGGCAUGGCUGACUGUCUGAAAAAGGGAACAGCAGCAUUGCAUGCUGCAACAUUUCCCCCCUAGAACAUUCACGAGAACCUGAGGCUCUAUCUGCCCUUCAGGCUUUCAGUCUGAAAGACUACACAAAGCAAAGGGGAAUAGUAGAGGGAAGAGGCAGAGGUGGGAGAUCCAUUUUGAGAAUGGCAGAAUGAGAUGAGUUUUUAAUCCAUUCAGGGCCAGGCUGGUCUUUCCCUUACUGGGAGAGAAGGGGUGCAGCUUCCCAGCAGCACUUGGGUCUUCUGGCUGGUGUCUGUGGUCAUGUUCCCUGUCUCCUUGCUUGUGAAGCUGCAGAUCAACAGGAGGGAUGCAGGACGUGUUUUUGCCUUUGUGUGCGCGUCGGAUUCCUGCUUUGUUUCUACUGCAGGACCAGCUGACUUAGCUCUGUGCCUUGUGGGCACCAUCUAGGGUGCAGUACCGACCUGCUUGAGUGUUCUGUCAGCUGACAGCCCUGAGGGUCAAUCCCUGCUGACCAGACCCUAUAAAGCCCUGGCUGCCAACCUUGGUCCUUUUUGCUUGAAUAGCUUGUUUUGUGUGUGAGGUUGCCACUUAAAGAGCUUCUCCCUUUCCACUGGAGCUCAAUCUCUGCCUUGUUUUGACUACACAUCUGGCCCUCUCAGACUCACCUGCGUCCUGCCUGCAAGGGGAACUUGCAGCCGUUCAGAUGUUAUUGAACUCUACCACCCAUCAGCCCCAGCCAGCACAGGCAAUGGUCUGGAAUGAUGGGAUUUGUAGGCUAGUAACAUCUGGAAGGCCACAGGUUCCCCCAUCUCUGGCUUAGACCCUGAACCCCUUUUCCUCGAGGCCGGACAGUUGCAGAAAAGUCUUUCUGGAGAGGAGGGGGAGGCAUAUGUGAAAAGCACGAACUCUUCCACAGCUUUUGUUUGUGGAGGUAGACAAAUGCCCACCUCCUCUGGAAGGAGAGAGAAAUCAAUAUAUGUCCAAGAGCUUGAAAAGGUUGUCCAACAUGGAGUGGGAGACACACCGUAUAGCAGGAGUCACCAAUGUGGUGCCAAUGGGCACCAGUACUUCCUAUGGUGCCUAUGAAAAGUCUCAGUAAAUAUCUCCUCAAAAAUCUAUAACACGUGAGAGACUGUUCACACUGGCUUAGCCUCUACUACAUUGCAUACAUACCCUUGAACAUGGCCACUUUUCAUUGGAUGCCAGGACUGGACUCCCUCACUCUCAUUCUGAAGGAGAGGUGCAAAGAUCUUUCCGGAAGCGAGUGUGAGAGUGGCUGAUGUAGGUGUCUUUUCCUCCCUUUGAAGGACUUGCCCUCAUUUUGUGAUCCUGUCUCUUUCUGUUCUUUCAGAUGUGGCAGCCAUUUUAUGAUAUACAGCCCAUGGCAGCCAUUUUGUAACUGGCACUUUCUCAAAAUUCCAAAUAUGUUCCCUGGCCGAUAAGGAUUGGCAACCCCUACUGUGCAGAGAGAGAUAGAGAAAAUGCACACACUAUAUUUAAAUAGUGAGGUGUCUUGUUUGGUGAAAUACAUAUAUGCACAAAAACAUAAACAACAGUCUCAUGGAGAAAGUGAGGUAGAUGUUUCCAGUAGCUCAAGACCAGGACAGUCGAGAGACAGCAGACACCCUGGAGGCAAAAAAGGAUAUAGAGUUACUCCUCACAAAAAAAACUUGAGGCAAGUUUACAGACUGCAGCCUCCCCUAUUUUUUAGUGACAACACCUGUCCCUAGAACAUGAAACAAAAGUGUUCCUGCGCAUGUACAAAGGCAAUGUGGUUUAGUAGCUAUAGUGCUGGGAAAACCCAGAUUAAAUCCCCACUCAGCCAUGAAGCUCACUGGGUGACUAUGGGCUAACCUACCUGACAUGGUUGUUGUGAAGCUGAAAUGGGGGAGGGAGAAGAACUAUGUAUGCCACUCUGAGCUCUUUGGGGGAAGGGUAUGAUAGAAACAUGCCCAGGCUGGAGCGGCAGGAAUAGGCCGUGCAACUUACGCCUAGGCCGGAGCUGUAAGGCUUCCCUGAAGUAGCACGGGAGUAGCAGCCCAUUGGCAUCACCAGGCGUGAGGAUGACUCCAUUAGCCGAGCUGUAAAAUGUGAUUCCAUCUGCAGGAGAACACACAUUUUGCAGGUCAAGUUUGAGGCACGUUAAGCACAGAACCACUUCCUCCCCUUAUCCUGUAAUGCGGUGCAAGAGGAGUGACAGGCAAGCUUGACUUUGGAAUCCUUAUUCUCUGCUCUUAUUGACUGAUUUAUAAAAGUAUUGAUAUAUUGCCAAUUCAUACAAUGUAACAUGGUGGUGUACAGCAAUAUAUGCAAUAAAAUGUAAAAGACCAUAAAAACAAGGCAUAGCGAUCAUGAAAAUGAUUGCCUGGUCAAAAUAUUUAAACUGUUGCAAAGGCCUGUCUGCUUAAAAAGAUCUUCAAGAGAUGCCUGAAGAUCAAAAGCAGGAGGCCUUUGUUGGUUAAGGGAAGGGUCUGUGGACAUUAGGAUGCCUGGAUUCCACUUAUUUAUUUAAAGUAUUUUCAUAUUGACCUUUGGCUGAAAAAAAGGCUCCCAAAAGGAUCUCGGAAUGAUCAAUAUAAGAUGGUCCCUGCCCUCAGGCUUACAAUCUAAAAGACAUGACACGAAAGGAAAAGCACUUGGGAGAGAGGAGGAAACAAAGCAAGCUUGGUCACUAGUUCUUAAUUACAAUGUUCUUAUGUGUUCUUUCUGGCUGGUGUGGGAAGGGAGGAAAAAAACUCCCCGAAGCUUCUUGUUCUCUAGCUGACUAGGUUGGUUUCCCCCUUGCCAUGGUAUUCAUCCUGGGAAGUAGUGGGAGCAGCCUCCUACUGUCCCUUGGUCCCCUAGCCGAUGGCAGAGGCCACAGCGUGCUGCCUUUCAGCUCUCCAAUCCCAUUUCUUAACAAUAAGGUGGUAUGUAGCAAGAGCCAGUGCAGUAGCAGGCAGAACAAUAAUUUCCGAUGAAAAACAGAAAUUAAUGAACGAAUGGCUUUUGCGAAAUCACAGAGUUCAACCAGAAAGGAGGGUGCUCAGUGGGCCUCUGUGUGCGUGUACGCAGUGGCACCUCCCAGGGCCCUGAGGCCCCAGCAAGCAGAUGCAGGCCCACGGUGUCAGCCCUGCUAUCAAUCCUCCUUUAAGGAGGCAAGCAAUGGGUUGGAGGGUGGGACUUGCUUUAGCUGGUUGCUUGCCCCAUUCCUCCUUUGAUCUCCAGCAGGGGUGGGGAGUCUCUGUUCCUCCAAGUGUUGUGGGGACUCUCAACUCCCAUCAGCCCUAGCUAGCAUGGCCAAUGGUCAGGGAUGAUGGGAACUCAUCUAGCAACAUCUGGAGGGCCUACAGGGUUUCUGCCUUUUCACUUACCUGCCAGAGCUCGGGUGACAUCAAUGACUACGGCCACCUCACAGUUGUUUCUCAUUCCUACACAAAAGAAGAAAAAAACACCCAUAAGUGGCUUCUGUUAUAUACUGUACUCCCGUUGUCUCUCUUUGCUGUUUCUCUAUUUUCCGAUCUCUGUUCCAGGAAAUUAACAGUCCAUAUGUUGUCCUUUGGAAGACCCUUCAUUAAAACCUUGUUA